AUGCUUUCUUCUGCGUUUGCUGAUUCACCUGAGUACAUCACUCGAAAGGAUACCCCGUUUAUGCCUUCCAAGAUAACGUGGAAUGAACUUCAUUCGUCGUUGCCGAAGCACAUUUUCAGGAGAUCGACUGUGAAGGGUGUGAGCUACGUCGUUCGUGACGUGACCCUCGCGAUCGUACUAUACAGGCUCGCGUGGUUCUUGGAAUCACCAGCGACUGUAUUCUUCGAGCCAAGCAACUUUCUUCGCCUGGUCAAAUAUGUUCUAUGGCUAUUCUAUUUCAAUGCCCAAGGCAUUCUCUUCACCUCUUGGUGGUGCCUAGCUCACGAAGCGAGUCACGGCACCUUAUCAUCCUUUGCUCUAGUCAACGACGCUGUUGGUUUCGUACUGCAUACUUUUCUUUUGGUGCCAUAUUUCUCAUGGAAGUCAUCGCAUCUCUCCCAUCAUGCAUCUACUGCUUCGGUCGAGAGAGACGAGAACUACGUUCCUCGUACCCGAUCUAGUUUUGCUCUUCCACCUGAAGAUAGAGCGAAUGUUGCAGAUUAUCGUGAAGCCUUUGAGGAAACACCGAUGUGUACUACUUUCCGCAUCGUCGCUAUGCAAGUAUUCGGGUUGAUAUUCUAUCUACUAUUCAAUCGCAAAGGGUCCCCCAGGCAUCCACCGGGAACGAAUCAUUUCAGCCCUUACUCGUCACUAUUCAAGCCACACGAGCGCUCGGGCGUUGUCAUGUCCGAUAUAGGGCUCACGUUCAUGGUUUAUCUUCUGUACCAAUGGACGAAGCAAGUUGGGUUUGGCCACUUCUUUCGUUCCUACUGUGUGCCGUAUCUGCUCACGAACCAUUGGAUUGUCAUGUUGACAUACCUUCAGCACACCGACCCAACCGUUCCGUAUUAUCGUCGUUCACAGUGGAAUUUUGUACGUGGCGCGCUGGCUAGUGUUGAUCGACCAUUUUUGGGAUGGAUAGGGCGUGUUUUCUUCCAUAAUGUCUCUCACAACCAUAUAUCUCACCAUCUUUUCUCCGCCAUCCCGUUUUACAAUCAGCCCCUUGCGACGGCAUGCAUCAAGAAGAUAUUGCGAAAGGAGUAUAAUUAUGAUUCUACCAAUUCUUUUCGCGCACUCUACCGCUCAUUUACUGAAUGCGAGUUCGUUGAAGAUAGAAGCGAUAUCGUCUUCUACAAGAAUAGAUCAGGCCAUGCUAAUCGUGUCCUUGCCAGCAUUCCCUCAACUUCCUCUUGA